CGUCCAGACAGGAAAUGGGAUAGUGGGGCUCUGUAAUGUUUCGUAUAACAUACUUUCUCAAAUAUUUUCCUCUCACUAGUGCUGCGUGCAGUUUCCCAAGCCUCUGGGUUGGAUAGUUUACACAGCGUAGGAACGCAAUGGAAAUGUGACUGAAACAGGACAAGAUGGUACAAAUGCUAAAAUAGCUGGAGUUUGAGUGCUCCUUUUAUGGAGGAUGGAGUUACAGACGGUCGGGAAGUAAUCAGCUGUGUAUGCCAGCGGGUGGAAAAAAUACCGCUUCACAAUAGUGCUGCAGUGGGUGAGAAAUGUUCAAUGUUUCGAUUAUGUAGUGGCAAAGUGCACAGCUUUAGUGAAUCUGGGCCACAAUCUGGGCAGAUACUGUACUCACUCAUACUGUACCUUCAUUUUACUCUGUGGAAAACGUGACUUUUACCUCAAUUGUGCUUAAGGUCUGACCCCGGGGUUGUGUCAUUGCUGAGCACAUACACACUCAUCACCAUGGGAAAGCAGAACAGCAAGCUUAGGCCAGAGAUGCUACAGGACCUGAGGGAGAAUACUGAGUUUUCAGACCAUGAGCUACAGGAGUGGUACAAGGGAUUCCUUAAAGACUGCCCAAGUGGCCACCUGAACGUGGAGGAGUUCAAGAAGAUAUAUGCCAACUUUUUUCCGUACGGCGAUGCCUCCAAGUUUGCAGAGCAUGUUUUCCGCACCUUUGACACCAACAACGACGGCACCAUCGACUUUCGGGAGUUCAUCAUCGCUCUGAGUGUGACCUCACGGGGAAAGCUGGAUCAGAAGCUGAAAUGGGCGUUCAGCAUGUACGACCUUGAUGGCAAUGGGUACAUCAGUCGUGACGAGAUGCUCGAGAUUGUGCAGGCCAUCUAUAAAAUGGUGUCCUCUGUGAUGAAGAUGCCUGAAGACGAGUCCACACCAGAGAAGAGGACGGAUAAGAUCUUCAGACAAAUGGACUUAAACAAUGAUGGUAAGCUCUCUCUGGAGGAGUUCAUAAAAGGUGCCAAGAGCGAUCCGUCCAUCGUGCGGCUGCUGCAGUGCGACCCCAGCAGUGCCUCACAGUUUUGAGUCCUUUAAGAAACAGGCCCUCUGUGCAUGAAGGUUCUCGUCUUUCAUUGUUAUUUGUGUUCCAGACGGAAGAGUUUUAAGGGGAAAAAAGCAUCUGUUUUAUGUUUAGUUUCUUUGAGAAGGGACACGCAUACAUCCGAAGAACAAAGACAACACCCGCAACGACGUCUUCUGUCUGCUGCGCUUCGUCUGUCCGUGUCUCUGAUGCCCAUGGAACGCUCGGCUCACGGUGUUCAGCCACCAGUCUCCAGGCUCCUGGUUUUGGGAAGGACCGUUCCCUGGAUAUUGUGCAUGCACUCCCACUCAUCUCUCUCUCUCUCUAUCUCUCUCUCUCUCUCUCUCACCCUCUCACGUCUAGCUGUCCUGUGUUUAUUUUGUUCUCCUCCUUUUGGUUUUCCUAUAGAUGUGUAUAUGCAUAUAUAUACACAUAUAAACGCAUAUAAAACAUAUUAGGAAGGUAGUGUAGAUGCCUUUUUACUCAGACAGUAUUAUGUAGCUCACGUAAGUAUCCAAAUCCAUAAAAAAAUAAUAAAAAAAUAAAUAAAUCCAGUAGACACAGUGGACUGAUGGACUGGAUGUAAGGAUUUGUUUGCUUAUGAUUUUUAAGUUAGUACGAGCAGGCUGCAGAUCCCGUUAUUUUAUUUUGCUUGAUUUUUACUUUUUUUUUGUACAUAUGUAUUGUUUCCUUUAAGGUUAUUUAUUUGUUUCAUCUUUUUAUUUUUUUUUGCACGUGUUUUAUAUUGUGAAACUUUGAUUUCAUCUCUGAAAGCAUCAGUGUUGCGUCAUCAGGUCUGCUGCAGUAAACCACUGGUGAUCUUACUCUGAAACAAGACUUUUAAGUUCAUACUUGCUGAUUUGAGGCAUGCGAGAUGUCUUGUAACGUGAUUGUCGAGGGUUUGCAAAACUCUGAAGGAAUAUUUCAUGACCCCAACAUUAUACAAUUCUGUCUGCCAUUCAAUUUUAACCCAGAAACGAACCUUUUUCCUUCUAAGGUCAUUGCAUCAGGGGACAUGUUCCAUGGUGUUUGAAGUCCAACGCUUGAAACACAUGCGAUUGUGUGUGUGUGAAAGUGAGUGUAUUUUGUGCAUGAUUCCUGUGCAUGUGUGUGCACUAUCUUUAUAGUUUCACUUUGUGUGUGUUUUUGAGCCCCUGAUUUAAUAUUCUCAGAACGUUACAAGUUCAGGACUGUACAUCCAACCCGAAAUCUGAAAACAUCCACAAAUAUCUGCUCAUCAGUUCCAUUAUCUGAAGCAUAACACACGCACAAUCAGUUUUACGCAUGCAUUCAAAUUAACUACUCUCCUUUUAAAGAUGUGUUGCCAACAGUUCUGUAUUCACUGGAUAGUUCAGUUUGCCCAGGCUACUGCUAACCCAUGUUCUAUUCUCAUAUUGUAUUUUGGGUCUUUCCUUUCCUCCAAACCCUUAUUUUUUCACACCUGCAACUGAUUUUUAAUCACAAUAUUGUAACACACAGGUCAUUUUAAAAUGGCAGAAAAGAAUGUGCAAUGAUUUAUGAUCACACCUCACUCUUACAAAAUUGAUAGAUAAUUAUUUUUCUUAUUACAAGACCAGAGGUUAUCCCAGUGAGCGCUAGCUCUAAGGGCUUAUUUCCACAAUUGAUUGAAUGGGGUGUAUGAAAAUAUCACUGCUUUUAUCUCUCUACUCUGUGUCACAACAACUGAGAGAAAAUUUCAUCUCUCUUCGGCAACGUUUCAAUCCACCUCCUACGUCUUUUUGUGUGGUGACGGAGCUUCAGUCGCUCUCGUCUCGCUGCACUUGCAGCUUCUGUCUAGCUUUCCAACUCAUUACUUCCCGAUUUGUACUGAGACUGUACCUUAUUGCAAGAUCUCUCUUAUGUUGCAUGAAAACCUCAAGUGAAGACAUCAUGAUUGUCCCCCUCUAUCCCCCAACCUCUUUGCUGAAAUUGAUGACAAAUAUACUUGUGUUUCAAACUUUGUCUGGAGGUGAUUUCCAUGAGAAUUGCAGCAAAAUCAGAAGAGUUUGAGCAGCAUCACUGUUUAUUU